UGCUCCCUCCUCCUCAUCAUCAUCCUCACACUCCCACUCUGCUGCAGCCACCCCUUGAGCGUCACUUGAGCACGAGCGCCGCACCGAGUAGCAUCCCAAACUCUCCGUGCACACACACGCCAAUCUCCUCGUUUUCAUUCUCCCCUCCAGCAAAGUGCGUCCUCGCCGAGGCAUGGCAGGUGCGGCGGCCGGCUGUCAGUGCGCGCAGAGCGGCGUGUUAAGCUCCGGCUGACCGGGGAACGCUGCUGCUGAUGCUGCUGGAGGUCCGCUGCUGCAAGCUCGUAAAGUAUUAUUUGGGAGUGUGGAUUUAAAGUGGACUCGCCUACCGGGCAGGAUUAUUUACAAGAUUCUUUUUUUGCGUGUUUUUUGGGAACAGGAGGGUCAUUGCUUUUUUCUCUUCUUUUUUGGACGUGCCUCUCUUGCAUCCGCAGUGCGGCUGCGAAGUGACAUCUGCAGAGAGUACAGGGGCAUAAUGCCCUCCAUCUUGAAGGAAGCUUGAUCCGCAUUUGCUGACAGCAGUGGACUGUGCCUCCUUCUCGCUCCUCGCAGCCCCCUCGGCCUCGGCACAGCCAUGACGCCCCAUGCCAGGACACGGACCUUCGUUUUUCUAUGCUGCUUCCUUUCCACGUUGGCUCGAGCGCCACAGUCUCACGGCGCCGGUUCCCAAGUGAUCACGGCGUCCCUCGAGGAGGAAGGGUACGCGUCAUUUCACGCCGAGAAUCCCGAAUGGACAUUCAACCAUUUGGCGGUGGACUAUCGCAAUGGCAACGUUUAUCUGGGAGCGGUCAAUCGCAUAUAUAAACUCUCGCCGGGAUUGGAGGUGCAAGUGUCUCACGAGACCGGGCCAGACGAGGACAACCGCAAGUGCUACCCGCCGCGGAUCGUGCAGCCUUGCAGCGAGCCGCUCACGCUCACCAACAACGUCAACAAGAUGCUGCUGAUGGACUACCGGGAAAACCGGCUGCUGGCGUGCGGCAGCCUCUACCAGGGUAUCUGCAAACUGCUGCGCCUGGACGACCUCUUCAAGCUCGGAGAGCCCUUCCACAAAAAGGAACAUUACCUCUCUGGGGUCAACGAGAGCGGUUCGGUGUUUGGCGUCAUCGUUUCCUACGGCAACGCCUCCCCUGACAUGUUGUUUGUCGCCACUGCGGUGGACGGCAAGCCGGAGUAUUUCCCCACCAUCUCCAGUCGCAAGUUAGCGAGGAAUUCCGAGGAGGAUGGGAUGUUCGCCUACGUCUUCCAUGAUGAGUUUGUGGCCUCCAUGAUUAAGAUCCCCUCAGACACCUUCACCGUCAUACCGGACUUUGACAUUUACUACAUUUACGGCUUCGCAAGUGGAAGCUUUGUCUAUUUCCUUACAUUGCAGCCUGAAAUGGGGGGCGGCCCCACCACCGGGUCCUCUUCCGCGGGUCGAGAACAGGUGUACACCUCCAAGAUAGUCCGCCUGUGUAAAGCAGACACCGCCUUCAACUCGUACGUGGAGGUGCCCAUCGGCUGCGUCAGCAACAAUGUGGAGUACCGACUGCUGGAGGCGGCCUAUUUAUCCAAAGCGGGCGCCAUCUUGGCGCGCUCGCUGGACGUUGCGCCGGAUGACGACGUCCUAUUCGCCGUCUUCUCCAAGGGCCAGAAGAGGCGACCGCAGCAGGAAUCGCAGGACUCGGCCUUGUGCGUCUUCUCCCUGCGGAAAAUCAAUGAGCGGAUCAAGGACAGGUUGCAGUCGUGCUACAAGGGCGAGGGCACGCUAGACCUGGCCUGGCUCAAGGUUAAAGAUAUCCCCUGCAGCAGUGCGCUCCUGACCAUCGAUGACGACUUCUGCGGCCUGGACAUGAACGCGCCGCUCGGGGUGUCCGAAAUGGUGCGCGGCAGGCCUAUUUUCUCCGACGCCAAUGACAAAAUGACCUCCGUCGUGGCCUACGUCUACAAGAACCACUCGCUGGUCUUCGUGGGCACCAAAAGCGGACGCGUAAAAAAGAUUCGAGUGGACGGCUCUUCCCGAUCCCUGCAGUAUGAGACGGUACAGGCAGUGGAAAGCGGACCUAUCCUCCGCGACAUGGCCUUCUCAGCUGAUCACCACUACCUCUACGUCAUGUCCGAGACCCAACUGUCUAGGAUGCCAGUGGAGGCCUGCGGUCAGUACUCUACCUGUAGCGAAUGUCUCGGGUCCGGAGAUCCUCACUGCGGCUGGUGUGUCCUCCAUAACACGUGCACCAGAAAGGAGAAAUGCGAGCGCUCGAUGGAGCCGCGCCGCUUUGCGUCCGACAUCAAGCAGUGCGUGAGGCUCACCGUGCACCCCAACAACAUCUCGGUGUCCCAGUUCAGCGUAACGUUGGUCCUGGAAGCCCACAACGUUCCAGAGCUGUCCGCAGGGGUUAACUGCACCUUCGAAGACCUGGCAGAGAUGAACGGGCUGGUGGAGGGCAACCGCAUCAAGUGCUUCUCCCCGGCCGAGAAGGAGAUGCCGCGUGUCGUCGUCGACAAAAGCGAUCACCAGAUCGUGCAACUCUACCUCAAGUCCAAAGAGACCGGCUUGGCCUUCGCCAACACCAGUUUUGUUUUCUACAACUGCAGCGUGCACAAGUCCUGUUUGUCAUGUGUGAGCAGCCCGUAUCAAUGCCACUGGUGCAAAUACAGACACGACUGCACACACGACCCGCGCACGUGCUCCUUCCAGGAGGGUCGAGUCAAGAAGCCAGAGGAGUGUCCCCAGCUGCUGCCGGCCGAGCGCAUCCUGGUGCCAGUGAACGUGGUGAAACCCAUCACGCUGCGGGCCAAGAACCUGCCCCAGCCUCAGUCUGGCCAGCGAGGCUACGAGUGCCUGUUGACCAUCCAGGGCAACGAGCACCGCGUCCCCGCCCUGCGCUUCAACAGCUCCUCGGUGCAGUGUCAAAACACAUCGUACUUCUAUGACGGGAUGGAGAUGAGCAGCCUUCCCGUGGAGCUGACCGUCAUCUGGAACGGCGACUUCAGUAUCGACAACCCCGCCCACAACAAAGUCCAUUUGUACAAAUGUGACGCCCAGCGUGGGAGCUGCGGCCUGUGCCUGAAGGCGGACCCGCUGUUUGGUUGCGUUUGGUGUAAAGGAGAGAACCGCUGCACACUUAAGCAGCACUGUCCGCACCCUGAGAACCAGUGGCUGGAACACAACGGCAUCAACAGCAAAUGUACACACCCUCGUAUCACGCAGAUUACUCCUCUACGGGGUCCCAGAGAAGGUGGCACCCUGGUGACCAUCCGCGGAGACAACCUGGGCCUGGAGUUUCGUGAGAUCCAGGGCAACGUGAGGGUGGCGGAGGUGGAGUGCACGCCCAUCCGAGAGGGCUACAUCCCGGCAGAGCAAAUCGUGUGCGAGAUGGGCCGCGCCGAAAAGAGUCAGUAUACAGGGAACGUCAAGGUGUGCGUCGGUAUGGGCGCGUGCCGGCCGGAAUUCACGGCCAAGUCGUCCAAAUACUACUACUUUGUGAUUCCAAGAAUCCACAGCAUCAAACCGAGCAGAGGGCCCGUCUCCGGGGGAACUGUGGUCAGCAUCAUGGGGAGCCACCUGGACGCCGGCAGCAACGUGUCCAUCAUGUUUAAGGACCAGCCGUGCACCUUUCUUAAGCGCGACGGCUUGUGGCUAACGUGCCGCACACACGCAUCACUACACGGCUACGGCAACGUGUCGGUGUCGGUGAGUAUCGACAAGGCACAGCUGCAGAGGGACCUGCGCUUCGAGUACGUGGAGGACCCCACCAUCACCAAGAUAGAGCCCGAAUGGAGUAUCUACAGUGGAAACACUCCGGUGACCGUGACGGGAACCAACUUGGACAUCAUCCAAACGCCGCUAAUCAGAGCCAAAUACAACAAUCACGAGACACUCAAUUUGUGCCAAGUCCUGAGCCGGACAUCCAUGGAAUGCCAGGCCCCGGAGCUUUCUAUCAGCCUUGCGCAUCAGCAGGAGGCGCCGGAGAGACCUGACGAGUUCGGAUUUAGGCUGGACGACGUGCAAGCAGUCAUGGUGCUCAACAACACCAAUUUUAUCUACUACCCCAAUCCCGAGUUCGAGCCUCUCAGUCCAUCCGGCGUUCUGGAGCUUAAACCCGGAUCGCCCAUCAUACUGAAGGGGCGGAACUUCCUCCCACCCACCAGCACCGGAAACGGAAAGAUGAACUACACCGUACUCAUCGGAGAGAAGCCCUGCAUGUUGACUGUGUCUGACAGCCAACUGCUCUGCGAGUCACCCAACCUGACUGGUCGCCACAAGGUUCUGGCUCGCGUGGGGGGUAUCGAAUUUUCACCCGGCGUGGUUCACAUCACGUCGGACAGCCCGCUCAGCAGCACGGCCAUCAUCGGCAUCGCGGCUGCCGGUGCCCUUCUGCUCCUCGCCAUUGUCAUGGUGCUCAUCGCCUAUAAGCGCAAGUCUAGAGAGAGCGACCUGACGCUCAAGCGGCUGCAGAUGCAGAUGGACAACCUGGAGUCGCGGGUGGCGCUGGAGUGCAAGGAGGCUUUUGCAGAGCUACAGACAGACAUCCACGAGUUGACAAGUGACUUGGACGGCGCAGGGAUCCCUUUCUUGGACUACAGGACGUACACCAUGAGGGUUCUGUUCCCGGGAAUCGAAGAACAUCCCGUACUCAGAGACCUUGAGGUGCCAGGUUACCGACAGGAGCAAGUGGAAAAGGGCCUGAAGCUAUUCGGCCAACUGAUCAACAACAAAGUCUACCUUCUGUGCUUCAUCCGCACUCUGGAGGCUCAACGUGGCUUCUCCAUGCGCGACCGUGGCAACGUGGCCUCGCUCAUCAUGACGGUGCUGCAGAGCAAGCUGGAGUACGCUACCGACGUGCUCAAGCACCUUCUGUCCGACCUCAUCGACCGCAACCUGGAGAGCAAGAACCACCCCAAGCUCCUGCUCCGAAGGACCGAGUCCGUGGCGGAGAAAAUGCUGACAAACUGGUUCACCUUUCUUCUGUACAAGUUUCUCAAGGAGUGUGCGGGCGAGCCGCUCUUCUCGCUCUUCUGCGCCAUCAAGCAACAGAUGGAGAAGGGCCCUAUUGACUCCAUCACUGGAGAGGCACGCUAUUCUCUCAGCGAGGACAAGCUCAUCCGGCAGCAGAUCGACUACAAGACGCUGGUGGUAAAUUGCAUCCAUCCGGAGAACGAGAAGAGCCCGGAGAUCCAGGUGAAGGCACUCAACUGCGACACCAUCAGCCAAGUGAAGGAGAAGAUCCUCGAUGCCAUCUACAAGAACGUGCCACAUUCGCACCGCCUCAAAGCCUCUGAUAUGGACCUCGAAUGGCGUCAAGGCCGAGGUCAGCGUGUGAUCCUGCAGGACGAGGACGUCACCACUAAAAUCGAAGGCGACUGGAAGAGGCUCAACAUGCUGGCCCACUAUCAAGUGCCCGACAACGCCGUGAUGGCAUUGGUUCCCAAGCAAGUGACGGCGUAUAACUCGGUCAACAACUCCACUGUGUCCCGGACAUCAGCCAGCAAAUACGAGAACAUGAUCAAGUAUACGGGAAGCCCCGACAGCCUGCGUUCCCGGACGCCCAUGAUCACGCCCGACCUGGAGAGCGGCGUCAAGGUGUGGCACCUGGUGAAGAACCACGAACACGGCGACCAGAAAGAGGGCGACCGCGGAAGCAAGAUGGUCUCCGAGAUCUACCUGACCAGACUUCUGGCGACCAAGGGCACGCUCCAGAAGUUUGUGGACGACCUAUUUGAGACCAUCUUCAGCACGGCACACCGAGGCAGCGCCCUGCCGCUCGCCAUUAAGUACAUGUUCGACUUCCUGGACGAGCAGGCCGACAAACAUAACAUCCACGACCCGCACGUGCGACACACAUGGAAGAGCAACUGCCUACCUCUGCGUUUCUGGGUGAAUGUGAUCAAGAACCCUCAGUUCGUGUUCGACAUCCACAAGAGCAGCAUCACCGACGCCUGCCUGUCUGUGGUGGCUCAGACCUUCAUGGACUCCUGCUCCACCUCGGAGCACCGCCUUGGGAAGGACUCGCCCUCCAACAAGCUGCUGUAUGCCAAGGACAUCCCCAGCUACAAGAGCUGGGUGGAGAGGUACUACUCAGACAUCGGCAAGAUGCCGGCCAUCAGCGACCAGGACAUGAACGCCUACUUGGCCGAACAAUCGCGCAUGCACAUGAGCGAGUUUAACAGCAUGAGUUCUCUGAGUGAGAUCUACUCCUACGUGGGAAAAUACACAGAGGAGAUUGUGUGCGCGCUGGAGCAGGACGACGCAGCCAGGAAGCAACGACUGGCCUUCAAGCUGGAGCAGGUGGUGGCCUUCAUGACUCUGGAGAGCUGAGGACCGCACUUCCCAGGAUGCACUGGGAAGAACAGAAAACACAUCCCCUUUCGCCCCGCCACCGUCCACACUCUUGUCCGACACCGAGCCGUGCCUGAGCGAAAACCUGUUCCUCCUGUUUUUAUUUUUUUUUUCAUUCCUGCUUCCUCGAUUGAAUUCUCGUCCCUCAUCCACUGCUGCAUACAGACACAGAAGAAAUACAUUUUUACGUUGCCUUUGAGAAUUUACUGACCGGUAUAAUUCUUUCAAACUGGGAGGAGUGCGACAAACGGACGGUGGUUCCUUCUUGUCCAUCUUCUGGAUCGAUGCAAGUGUUUCGUUUGCUUUGUUUCUCCCUUGUAGCUGGAUUUGCAUUGAAGGUUAAGGGCUCGGGAGGGUUCUGACAAUGCCGCGGCGCCCCCCCCCUCAGCGGCCCUCCAUUUUUGGCAGCAUUAGCUUCCACGCUUCCAUCCGGCUAAAAACCCGACAAAGCCCGAGCGGGCUCCUCUGUUUGAAGCACACGAAGAUGAUGACUUGUGUGUGAUUUGAGAGCACAUACGCACAAAAAACACACACACACAACACAACAUACAAAGUUGGUCAGCCUAAAAACCAAAGGAGCUUGACAUUUUCAACACAAAAAGAUGUAUUUGUCAAGUGCCACAGAGGAACACAUAAAAAAAAUAUAUAGAAAAAUAAAAAGGACAACCACGAAAAUGGACUUUAGAAGAAAAAAAACAAAAAAAAACAACAACUUGUGACUGGAACCUGUGUGCUACUUUUCUGACCUCAGUUUGUGGAGAUGCUCCGUGGCUCCUGGCUUUUCCACACCUUUCUUUCCUGUUUUGCACAAGCCUUCAAGGUGGACGUAGUGUAGCCGCGGAGGCGCCGGUGUUGUAUUCGCGCCUCUCGGGAAAGACGAACGAUGGACAGCGAUGAUAAACUGAAAACUUGUUGGAUGUGAGAACGAGAGAGAGAGCGCGAGUCCGCCUCUUGUAUCCUGUGAAGCUCUGCCCUUUCUUUUGCCUUGACAACGUGCCCCAUGUGGUGAUGUGAAUGUGCGAAGGCCGCCCUCGGUCCACCUUUACUGGCUUUUUUUAGCGCAUGUAAAACCAUUUAAGAAAAACUUAUUUAAGGAAAAAAAAAAACUCUAAGCCUUGCGAUGAUGAUGUGGAUGUGUUUGUUUCAAUUUGUUUUGCUUGAAAGACUGGAGAGAGAAAGAAAAGCGGGAUUGAAGUUUAAGGUGGAACCUUUAUCCAGUUGAUGCUGCAGAACCGGAUGGCGAUUCGUGUACGGCGGUGCCUUGAGAUAGGGGUUUAUUUCGUUAGCAGUCUUUCCUGACUUAUGCUAGCAUCAAUUGACAUCAGCAUCAUUUAACAGAGUGUGCAGAAUUAUUAUAGUGUUUAUUAACCAUAAUUUUCGCAGUAUAAAAAAGCCGCCACCCAACAAAUUUGCCCCAAAAUGGUAUUUUUUCAUAGAUAACUAGCUAGAUAGCUAAUAAAUAGCUGUCCUCACUGUAUUAUGGGAUAUUUACACUGAAAGAUAUUAACUGGUAACACUUAAUUUGACAGUGUAACACCAAAUGAACCACCACAAAGCUUUGAACCAAUUGGCUGCAAAGCUUCAUUGCUUCAAGAAGCUUCAUUUGGCCAUCACUGCUCCCUUAGGGGAUAGAGUGAACCUCUGCUGUCAACACGGUUAUCGUCCAACAUGCCUCCUAGCAUGCAAUGUGGCGCUACAGAUGUAAAUAAAUCAAAAUUCAUAUUCUGUGCUAAUUAUUUCUUCAGUUAAUGUUGUAGUUGUUUCGUUAAUUGCUAGAUUAGCCGCACUGGACAAUAAGCCGCAGCUGUCCUUACUGUAUUAUGGGAAAUUUACCCCAAAAGAUAACCGGUAACACUUUAUUUGACAGCGGCAUCAUAAGGCUAUCAAAAGACUAUAUGAACCACCAUGAAGCUAUGCAGUCAAUUGGUUCAAAGCUUCAUGGUGGUCUUGGUCAUUUGGUCUUGGUUCAUUACGUCAAGAAGCUUCAUUUGGCCAUCACUGCUCCCUUGGGGGAGACAGUCAACCUCUGCUGUCAACACUGUUGUCGUCCAACAUGCCUCCUAGCAUGCACUGCGCCACUACAAAUGUAAAUAACAAUCAAAAUUCCGUGCUAAUUAUUUCCUCAGCUAAUGUCCUAGCUGUUUCAUUAAUUGCUAAAUUAGCCGCACUGAACAAUAAGCCGCAGCUGUGUUUACUGUAUUAUGGGAUAUACGCACCAAAAAAAAAAAAACAGUAACACUUUAUUUGACAGCGGCAUCAUAAGGCUGUCAUAAGACCAUAUGAACCACCAUGAAGCUUUGCAGCCAAUUGGUUCAAAACUUCAUGAUGGUCUUGGUCAUUUGGUCUUGUUCAUUGCGUCAAGAAGCUUCAUUUGGCCAUCACUGCUCCUUUGGGGAGACAGUAAACCUCUGCUGCCACCUGUCAACACGGUUGUCGGCCAACAUGCCUCCUAGCAUGCAUCGCAGCGCUACAGAUGAAAAUUCAUGUUCUGUGCUAAUUAUUUCUUCAGUUACUGUUCCAGUUGUUUCAUUAAUUGCUAAAUAUGGUGUUGAUAACACUUUAUUUGACAGUGGUGCCAUAAGACUGUCGUAAGACCAUCGUAAUUAUGACAUGACAGUUGCCAGGCACGGCCAGACUGUUCUCCCUGUAUUUUUUUAAACACCGGGAGACAGUCUAGGACCCAGUCCCUCAUUGGCCUCUCGAGCCCGAAGGAAAGUAACCAUGCAAUCAGAUUCGUUUAUUUGCGUGACGUGCUCUUAACGAGCAAUGUCACAACAACACAGAUGGCGAACGGGAGAGCAGAGAAUAUGUUCCAAUCCGUGGUAAAUUCAGUUUUAAAUGACCAAAAACACGUCGAGUCGCUAAAACCAACAGUCUGUCUCGCGCUACCCAUGUUGAAUAAACUUUGCCGUUCUCCGCUCUCCUCGUAUGUUUAUUUCCUCGCGAGUUUCUUGUCGCUUUACCAACGUCACGCCCGCCCAUCACUGAUUGGUCCACUCCACUGUCUUUUUGCUGUGGCUUGCUCUGCCCUGAAAAUUUGACUGCGGAACGGUCGUGAGUUCCAGGCAAACAUAACACUCCCAUUAGCCUUAAUGAAUGUUUAUGACAGAUGUCAUUACCUCACUUUUGAAUGGAUGUAAAAGAUCCAAGCUGGAAAUAAAAUGAGAUAGUGACAUAAUUUGCUUAAUGACAUCUGUCAUAAGCAUUCAUUAAUGCCCAUUAUAGUGUCAUGCCAUAAUUAUGACUGUCUUACGGCAGUGUUAUGACGCUGCUGUCAAAUAAAGUGUUGCCUAUUAGCCCAAAUAAAUCAACAAAUAAGCCGCACUAGAUUAUAGGAUUCAAAAUGAGGGGAAAAAAGGAGAGUCUGAAAGUGCGAAAAUUAUGGCAGUCAAGUUUUGCUUAAAUUCACUGGAAUUCAAGCUGUCCCUGAGGUAUGCCAUUGGCCACUGGGGGCAGUAUAACAUUAGGAAUUCUGCGCAGAGGAUAAAAAAUAUGUUCCUGUAGGUACUAUUACUCCAAAAACAAAAUCCCCUAAAUUAGCUCACUUGUAUCUCAAGGCCCCCCAUGCAUAUUAACCCAUUUGUAGCCCAAAGCCGUUCUCGGGGUGUAGGAUGGUCACGCUGGCUGUUCAACAUAUCAAAGACAUGGAGAUGGAGAAGGUUGUCGUAAAUGUGUAGACUUCUGAAUUAGCCGUGUCCUUCAUGUAGCUAAGCUAAAUAAACACUGUGUGUAGAAGCCCUACCAGCCACGUGGACACGCGCACCAUCGAGGAGCGGCGCGGAUAAAGUUUCCACCUUGAGACAUUUUCUAGGAAUUAUAGUCCAGACGUCCUCCUAGUUCAGUAUUAUAGCAGGUGUUACACACACAAAACAGACUUUUACUAGACAAUAUUUGAAAGAUAAAGAGUAUCUUAUCACAAGAUCAAAACAGCCCGGGGGAUAGAAGGUGAGCUUCUCUAACUUUGUUAUAAUUAAUUGUAUACCUGUGUAUGUAAAUAUAAUGCAUUCCUAUUUUGCAGUCCAGAACAAAAUACUAUUUGUAAUAUAGAAUAAACUUUAUUAAGAAACCAAGGAUCUGAAUGUGUGUGUGUUUUUGUUUUUUAACUCAUUGACGGCAAAAGAACGUCCAAUCGAUUUGAGGUGCUGGCAUUGAUUGAUCAUGUUUUCCAUGGACGUCUAUCGCCGUCAAUGGCAUUCAAUGAAUUAAUGCAAUAUAGUAACCUAAUGCACCCACAAUUGGAAGCAAAAUAUAUGGCACC